UUGCCACAACCCUAGCGACACGUCUCUUUUGGGGGUGUGGUGGGGAGGUAUCUGGGUGGGCUGUCGGCCCUUAAAGGGACCGCCGAGCGGAGUGCGGGAGGCGGCGCCGCAGGAACCAGCAGGUUUGCGAGCAGGGCCCCAAGGUCCAGCCCGAGGCCCAGCCGCCCUGGAGCACUGACGGCCCAGCGCCCCCUCUCCUCUUAGUGCAGACUGGGGAAACCGAGGAGGCGACAGCUGACCAAGGUCAUCCCCUGGGUCCGGGGCAAGGUCUCCCUCCGUCACCCUUCUUGCCGUGGGGGCCCCUUGGCCCCCACUUUUCCGGGUCCACAGAGCUCGCGCCACUCGGCUGGGAGAGAGUGGGGGCAGCCUGGGCAUUCCGGGCCGAGUCCAGGGGAAGGAGUCUCGGGGAAGGGGAGGGCUGCCAGCCCGGAGAUCCGAAUUCCAGCCCGUAUACUGGCUGUGUGGCCACAGGCAAAUUAGUUCACAUCUCUGACCCUAAUCCUGCUCCAGGUAAAGUGUCAUUAAGAACACCUGCCUCAUCGAGUUGUGGGGCGAACUCGGGAAAAUAACGUAUGAGCGCUGGGUAGGAGCCUGGCGCGCAGCGGGUGCUUUGUCAAGUGGAUUGGAGCUGGAUGAGCCCAGGAGGGUUUCAGGCCACCUGGAGGAAGACGGCAGCCGGCCAGGUCUCAGAAUGAAAGGCCUCAGUGUCUGGGGCUUCCUGCCCGCUCUGCCCCCUCCACCCAGUUUGUUCAGGGCGGAGAUGCACCCCUGGCAAAGACGGGGGCCAAGUCCACGUCUACACUGGCCCACCCACUGCUGCCUGGUUGGACAGGAUCCCCAUCACCAAGCCCAGAGUAACCUGGCAUGGGCUUAGCCAGAGCCAGCCUGCCCACCGGGCGUGGGGUGGGGUGGGGCGGGACAGGGCCCACUACUGGACUGUGGUGCUGUAGCCCUGGAGCUGGGCUCUCCUGCUGGCAGAGGACCCACCCUUGCUUGCUUCUUGGUUCCUCCUGGCUGAACCUUUAGGGAAGAGAGCUGCCUGGUCCCAGUGCCCAGAAGCCUGUUGACACCUAAUGGGGGUGGAAUCACCAGGGAGAUGUGAGUCAGAACAGAGCCCCUCCUGGUAUCCUGGAGUCCCAAUCCUGCUGCCAUGUGCCCUUAUGCCCAGGAUUGCCCAGUUCCCAGACAUCGGGGAGGGAAGUGUGGGUCUUUAAAGAUCUUCCCAACCCUGACUCUGUCGGUGGAGGUAGAAAAUAAGGUGCCUACCUGUAACAGGCCUUUAAAUCACCUCAUUGCACCCUUCCUGCGAUAUAAAUGGUGUGUGUACAAUUAUUAGCUCCAUCUUGUAGGGCUCGAAACUACAGCCUGGAGAAAGUAGGUGAUCCUCAAAGCCUAAGGCGAGAAAGUGCCAGUGUUGGGCUUGAACCAGAACUGACUCCAGCUACUCUGAACCAGGACUCACUGCUGCCUGCCUCGAAGGUGCAAUGGCAGAGAAGGUGCUGGUAACCGGCGGGGCUGGCUACAUCGGCAGCCACACAGUGCUGGAGCUGCUGGAGGCAGGCUACUCUCCCGUGGUCAUCGACAACUUCCAUAAUGCCAUCCGUGGCAGGGGCUGUGUGCCUGAGAGCCUGAGGCGGGUGCAGGAGCUGACAGGCCGCUCUGUGGAGUUUGAGGAGAUGGACAUCUUGGACCAGGAGUCCGUACAGCAUCUCUUCAAGAAGCACAACUUUAAGGCUGUCAUUCAUUUUGCUGGGCUCAAGGCUGUGGGCGAGUCAGUGCAGAAGCCUCUGGAUUAUUACAGAGUUAACCUGACAGGGACCAUCCAGCUUCUGGAGAUCAUGAGGGCCCACGGAGUGAAGAACUUGGUGUUCAGCAGUUCAGCCACUGUAUAUGGGAACCCUCAAUACCUGCCUCUGGAUGAGGCCCACCCCACGGGGGGCUGUACCAACCCCUAUGGCAAGUCCAAGUUCUUCAUUGAAGAGAUGAUCCAGGACCUGUGCCGGGCAGACAAGGCCUGGAACGCGGUGCUACUGCGGUAUUUCAACCCCACGGGCGCCCAUGCCUCGGGCUGCAUUGGCGAGGACCCUCAAGGCAUCCCUAACAACCUCAUGCCCUACGUCUCCCAGGUGGCAAUUGGGCGGCGGGAGGCCCUGAAUGUCUUUGGCAAUGACUAUGACACAGAGGACGGCACAGGCAUCCGGGAUUACAUCCAUGUUGUGGAUCUGGCCAAGGGCCACAUCGCAGCCUUGAGGAAGCUGAAGGAGCAGUGUGGCUGCCGGGUCUACAACCUGGGCACAGGCACAGGCUACUCAGUGCUGCAGAUGGUCCAAGCCAUGGAGAAGGCCUCAGGGAGGAAGAUCCCGUACAAAGUGGUAGCACGGCGGGAAGGCGACGUGGCUGCCUGUUACGCCAACCCCAGCCUGGCCCACCAGGAGCUGGGCUGGACAGCAGCCUUGGGGCUGGACAGGAUGUGUGAAGACUUAUGGCGCUGGCAGAAGCAGAAUCCGUCAGGCUUCGGUGCACAGGCCUGAGGACCCUCCCCUAGAGUGGACCACAGAGGAAAGGAGAAGCACCCGUCUGCUCUCCAGCCCCCGGCAGGACCCCUGGCUCCGAUGCCCGGGGACAAGCCACGACCACCCUACCUCAAACCCCAGCCAGGCCCACUCAGCCCACCGGGCAGGAGGCUGAGGGCUCCACUGACCAAGAACCAAGGUGUCUUCCAUGUAUCUCCUGCAGGGUCCAGGAAGGCAUCAGGACCACCAAGAGUGGACGAGCAGCAGGGCUCUGGGACCACAACUCCCUCCCAGGCACUGUAUGACACUGCUGUGAGGGAACUUUUCAAGUAUUUAAAAUAAAAACUUUUCUUUUAAUGGGGCAGAUUCUCAAAGGUGGUCACUCUGCACCCCAUGAAUAGAAUCAGGCAGGCCCAAGAACUGAGGGAGCAAUUUCUUUUAAUUUUAUCGGAAUCCAGGAAUCCAGGACACAACAAGAAAAA